GUGCCCCCGCCAGUGCCGACGCCUCCGCCUGACCCCCGCCCUGCCUGCCCUGCCCGCGCCACCAUGCUCAUCAAGGAGUACCGCAUCUGCAUGCCGCUCACCACCGAGGAGUACCGCGUGGGGCAGCUCUACACCAUCAGCAAACACAGUCACCAGGAGAGCGAGAAGGGCGAGGGCGUGGAGGUGGUGAAGAACGAGCCCCACGAGGACCCGGUCCACGGCCCCGGCCAGUUCACCGAGAAGCGCGUCCACCUCUCCAGCAAACUGCCGAGCUGGGCACGGGCGGUGACCCCUCGCAUCUUCUACAUCACGGAGAAGGCCUGGAACUACUACCCCUACACCAUCACCGAGUACAGGUGCUCCUUCCUGCCCAAGUUCUCCAUCUACAUCGAGACCAAGUACGAGGACAACUGCGGGGACAGCGAGAACAUCUUCCGCAGCGAUAAAAUCCUGGGUGACCACGAGGUCUCCUUCCUGGACAUCGCCUUCGACGAGAUCCCCGAGCGUUACUACCGCAGCCUGGAGGUGAUCCGGGACAUCCUGCUGAUCGGGCACCGGCAGGCUUUCGCCUGGGUGGACGAGUGGUGCGACAUGUCCCUGGAAGAGGUCCGGGCCUUCGAGACUCAGAUGCAAGUGGCCACAAACCAAAAGCUGGGGAGCCAGCACCCCUAAUCCCCCCCCGCGGGGGCAGC